UUUUCAAGCUCUCUCGAUCUCGAGCUCGAGCUCGCUUCAAUGGCGUCCGUCCUCGCACUCUUCGCAGGAAUCCACAGAGUUCCAUCGAAGUCCAGAUUUCCGAACACCUCCGGUGCUCGCCGGAGAAGCGUUAAUCUUCGAAUCUUGUCCCCCAUCUCUGCCGCCCUAUCCGGUUCUUCAUGGGAAAGGGAGGAGGAGCGGUGGCUUCGGGAGGAGCAGCGGUGGCUGCGGGAGGAGCGAAGAUGGCUGCGUGAGGAGGCGCGAUGGAAUUCUGAGAGGGAAGCGCUUCUUAAGGAGAUUGCUGCCUUGACGAUCCGGAUCCAGGCUCUUGAGCACCAGCGCCCGCGCUCGAUGGUGGAGCCGGCACCAAGGGCAGUGCUGGUGGAAGAGACGGAGGUGAAGGAGUUGGUGCUGGAGGAGGACGUUAGUGUUCCUCAAGUUGAGAUGAAGAAGAAGAGAGCUUUGAGGAGGGGGUCGGAAGGAGACGAUGUCCGAGAGAUGCAGGAAGCUUUGCAGAGAUUGGGGUUUUAUUCUGGAGAAGAAGACAUGGAGUAUUCGAGCUUCUCAAGUGGGACUGAGAAAGCUGUGAAGACAUGGCAAGCAUCUGUGGGAACUCCUGAAGAUGGAGUGAUGACAACAGAGCUUCUGGAAAUGUUGUUUAUGGGGAGAAAGAUUGGGGUUGCUGCCCUGAAAGAUGACCUUGUUUCUAACGCCAAAAGAGAUAAUAAGAAUGGAGCACCAGUUGUGUCUAUGACAGAAAUUGCUGAUGUUCAGCAGACUGUCAUAAAGGAAAGUGGGACUGAAGAAAUUGAGGUAUCCCAACGGAGAGUCUUUCUUAUUGGAGAGAAUCGCUGGGAAGAACCCUCAAGGCUAAUCGGAAGGGAUCAGCCUGCUGCAAUAAGCAAACCUGUUUCUACAAAAAAAUGUCUCUCCUGUCGUGGAGAAGGCCGGCUAAUGUGCAUAGAAUGUGACGGCACGGGUGAGCCAAACAUUGAACCACAGUUCUUGGAGUGGAUCGAUGAAGGAACAAAGUGCCCAUACUGCGAAGGACUUGGAUACACAGUUUGUGAUGUUUGUGGCGGGAAGGCGACUGUAGAAACUUGAUCUAUUUCCUUCUCUCCCAACAAAAUAGCCAUCAAGAUAUUUUCAUCUUUGUAAAAAUAUGAAUUUGGUGGUAUUAACUGUGCAGCAGAACCUCAUCAGACUCAAAAUUGUGCAGACAUAUUGUACUCCUGUAUUUAUAGAUCAAAUUUUGCUGUGUAUUUAUUGAAUACUAUUGAUGAAUAAUUAAUACAAUAUUUUUGUAACAUGAGUA